UGUCGUCCAGAUCAACAAGCCACUAUUUUGGAAGCAGUUUGAUAAACACUCACUGUUCCUCAGUUGAUGUCAGUCGCUAUCUGCGUUUCCAGCGAGACGUAUCACGCGUGAUCAGCGAAAAACCAGCACAAAACUAGCCAGCCACAUAGCCCCGAGCCGAUAAGGUUGGAUGACAUCGUCGGUUGAACUUUAUGACAACUAGCUCGUUUUUCCUUAUCCAUUUCACACCAGGCAAGUCUGUGACAACUGAGCAAGCCAACGUCUUUUUUUUUGAUUGGCUGAAUUUUACAAUAUACAACCGAGCUAGCAACAACUUCAUUGUAAAUUUGGCAACUUGUCACGAGCGCUAGCGUUAGCCAACUUGUUUUUUUCUUUGCCAAACAGAACAACACUCGGCUAUUUUUUUAAUGUCAAGCAACACUUCGUUUUAUUUUUGCCUUUUUUCUCGAAGAACUACAUAGAAAAGCAACGACAUUCAGCAGUUUGCUUAAUAAAGAGGGCAAAGCAACCUUAGCUUUUGAAGUGUGUUAGCGUCAAGCCUCGAACAGCCAGCUAACACCAAACCCUCAACGUUACCUGAACCAUUUUAACAAUCACUAAGCAAGAGGCUCGUGCGGUUUUUUAACUGACUGGUGCUGCAUUCAGGACCUUUAACUUUUAAACAGCCCGUCUGACACACUGCAGGAGAAACUCUGUAGCUUUACCUCUCGCUUUUUUUUAAAGAACAGCUGACAGAACAACACGCCACCUGAGUGUUAGCAGGAGACCAGUGGUAGGAGCUGGGGCAGGUUGUGUACAACCACGGAUUCCCUCAUCGGAUUGUUAUAUUAUCAGUGUUAUUGUUGAAAAUGGCGGCGAUCGGAAUGGUGCAGAUGUUGAUCGAAGCAGCCGAGUACCUUGAGCGCAGGGAACGAGAAGCCGAACAUGGGUAUGCCUCCAUGCCACCCUUCAUCAGCAGCCGAGAGAGGGAGAGCUUGAAAAGGAAAAGCAAAAGCAAGAAAAACACGAGUAGCAGGUCUUCGCAUAAUGAAAUGGAAAAGAACAGACGGGCACAUCUACGGCUGUGUCUAGAGCGCUUGAAAUCCCUCGUUCCCUUAGGACCAGAUGCGAACAGGCACACAACCCUCAGCCUGCUGAUGAAGGCCAAAGAUCAUAUCAAGCGGUUGGAGGAGAGCGAUAGGAGAGCUCAGCACACUGUGGAGCAGCUACAGCGGGAGCAGAGACACCUGAGGAGGCGUCUGGAGCAGCUGGGGGUGGAGAGGAUCCGCAUGGACAGCACCGGCUCCACUGUGUCCGACAAGUCUGACUCUGACCAAGAGGACCUGGAUGUGGAUGUGGAGGGGACAGACUACCUGCUGGGUGACCUGGAGUGGAGCACCAGCAGUGUGAGCGACUCAGGGGACGAGCGAGGCAGCCUGCGCAGCAGCUGCAGCGACGAGGGCUACUCCAGCGCCAGCGUGCUGCGCCUGCAGGACACUCAGGAGAUGGUCAAGCAGCUGGGCUGCAGCCUAUAGACAGCACUGGUCACUUUCCCAACUCCCACCUCCUCCCCUCAGCCAAUCCCGUCCCAAGAUUGUCUCACCACUCCCUAAUCCCAUUCAGACCUCACCCCCUUCCCUUUACCUCCCUCCCUCCCUCCCUCCCUACCAGGACUGACCAAGUCUGAGGCCUCUCCUCCAGCCAGGCCUCUGCGGACUUCCUGUCCCCACGACGACUUCCAUCCAGACUGCAACACCUCUGAGACACCCGCUCACAUCCAGCCCAUCAUCAGCGGUCAGUCUUUAGGGUGUCACCCACUCUGCUCUGCACCAAUCAAAUGAGUGGGAUUUUAAAGACACUCCACCCCCUCCGUCUCUCCGUCCAUUCAUCCCAAACACAACUUGCAGCCAGAGAAUGUUACCACACAAUAUCCCACUGCCUCUUUUUCUAUGCCUCAAGAGCCAUGGGAAGCACUUAUGAGAUUUCACCCUUACUUCACACAUACUUAGACACACAGACACAGACACAUACACGUGCAUACAUACACACAGACACAGACACACACACACACACACACCCCUCCAUCGCUCCUAGUUGUCCAUUGAGACAGAGUCCUCCCAAAGGUGUGACACUGACAUGAUGUGGGGCUUUUUUUCUGCCCUGCUCACCAGUCAAACAACUGUGCAUGGUAUUUUGCACUUACAGUUGCUUUUGUAAACAAAACUGUUUCAUCUUUUUCAAAUGCUGUCUCUUAAAAACGUACAGCCCCCCCCUCCCCCUCCACUACAGCAGGUGCAGUAAUGUUACAAGAUGAAGUAAGUGUUUGAAAAACAUGCCAGUGGUCUGCAGAAUUUGGGGACACUAAAGUAGACUGUGUGUGGUGUUAAACAGUCGGGCCGACAGCAAUACGUCCCUUAGUACCCAGGCAUUGGCAGGCUCGUUACUACCCUGUAAUUUUCUGUCCACACCUGCCAUUAAGAGGAAAAGUUACACAAAAAAAUGACAAAAAAAAUUGUGCAGCAUGAGAUUGUGAAGGGGCUGGGGGAUAUGGAAGGGUUUUUGGGUUGGGUUUGAUGUUUUUCUGCCUCUCUCUGAUGACUGUGGCGUUUUUACAGCAUCCUUUUAUCAUAAUGUGUGUAUGUCACGUCUGAGCCUGGAGACGACAGGGGUCAUUAGCAGGUUUGGAAACUUUUAACACCAGCCACCAGGCCGAAUGCUGGUAUAUCUUGGCAGGUGCUGGUACAUUUUUUUGUACACUGCUUCUUCACUGCCCCGCUCACCAGGUAUUAAUAGGAAGGGGAAAGCCUAUCUACUGAGAGCAGUCGAGAGACUGGAGCACAUUCCAUUAUGUAGAGAGGACAGGCAGGUAAGAUUGAGAGCAUUAUUUUUUGUGUGGAGUGGAUGUUACUGCCAAUUAUUUAUGAAGGGAGAGUUCAGUUUGAGAUGAGCCGCGUCACCCUAAAACAGAAGGACUGGCUUUGACAAUUCAGUGGGAACGUGCUGAAAGAUGCCUGAAUGUUUCUCUUGGUUUGCAUAUGAAAGCGCUAAAAUGUUAAAACCACAGAUUUUCUCUCCUUUGCCUUGCCUUCAUAGCUAUUUAUUGUUUCUGAAAACACCUUUUAAUGUAAAUAGUUUACAGAAAGAUCUCUAUGUCUAUCAACAAAUGUAUUUAUUAGAUAUACUAAAUAUAUAGAUGAAUAUAUAGAAAUAUAUUUAAUUAGUCAUAGCCUCUGUUCUUCUUGUGGGGUUUAUUGAGAGUUUCCUAUGUGUAGUUUGUUUGCACAGCCUAGUCAAUCCAUAGAGUAUUUAGAAAUGUCUCUUGUGCCUCGAGGCUUUUGUGUCUGUUCAGAAUUCGGCACGGUGCUCCUAGAAAAAAUUCAAUGUUUUCUUUGUGAUCGAUCAUAAUAAUUAUAAUUAUUAGCUGUUUCAAAGCUAUCUUGCCCCUUGACAGGGGAAUAAAAGGACAAAAAAAUCUGAAUAAUUGAUAAAAAAUUAAAAAGUACAAAAGUGAGAGGAGCUAGCGGCCAGGUCGAGGGUUGGUGGUGUUUCCUCUAGCAAAGCUGUGUUGCCUGUUCGCCCAUCUCCGUGCCUCAAACAAAAUGGCUGCUCCGCCUUGUGAGAAUUCAGCGCUUUGUUUGGUUCAAAAUCACCACGGGGCAGGGAGAGGAUCACAGCUUUUCUUUUUAUUUUUUAUUUUUGAAUGUAGAUGGUCCUCAACUGUGCAGGGUAGCAGCACAGCGCCAGAGGAAUCUCCCCGCUCCUGCAUCCAGCACUUGUUAAUCUCAGUUAAAGCAUGAAGAUGAACCAGAAAAAUAUAGAUAAUAGGAUUGUUUAGUGUUUGAGUGUGGAAUGCUGCUUCUUUUUUUGUCAAAUUAAAACCUUUUCAAACGGAGAGGAACUGUGUAGAAACGUUUAAAAGGGGGACUAAAGGGGAAAUGUAGUGAGAACUAGGUGUGAGUGGGCAGUUGUGUUCACUGAAAUGCCAUCUGUCGGUGUGUGCACGUGUAUACAGUAUGUGAGCGUGUGUGUGUUUAUUUCGUCACUGUCUUCAGAGAGAAAUUUUCGGGGGGGUAGAGGGUGGGUGGUUUAAAAAGAAUUGUAAGGCUGUUGCUGUUCUGGUUUUCUGUUACUAGUAAAAUGCAAAAAAAGUCCACUUGACAAAGACUUCAUGUAUUAAUCUAAGCAUUAAUGUCUGUUUAUGGGAGUUUCCUGUUUCCUCCUUUUUUCCAUCCAUGGCCUGUUUUUCUGUCUUCCGCCAAUCUACUUGUGUGUGUGUGUGUUUCCUGUAUGUGUGAGUGUGACUCCCUCUUCCACAUGCUGCGUUGGCAUCCAUGGUGCAGGCGAGGCAGGUGUGUGUGGUGGGGCAGCGUAUGCGUCAACGAUCACAUGCAGCUACCGCUCCUCACCUCCACCCUCCCUCCCCUCUAAAAAAAGACCCUGGUGCUCUCAGCAUCUGCCUUAAGAAGCAGGUGUGGAAUCUCUCAAAGAACAAGACUACAGUCAGACCAGUUGUUUAAGCUACAGGUUUCAGCGUCAGGGGAAACUUUAUGUUUAUGUGUAUAUUUGAUUUUUUUUGCACAUUUUGUCCCUGCAUACAAAGCGGCUGAUAAUGCCUUAAAACAGACAACAACCUAACAGAAGUAUAUGAGUGUAUAUGAUAUAUCCACAUGUAUCACAAGGGCCAUUCCUUUUCAUUGUGACCGUCUCAGGCGUGGUGCUUUCAUGCAUUUCACACAACACACACACACACACACACACAUGCACACACCACGUCAUAGCUCCAUGAACAUCGUCGUCGCCUGCCUGCCUUUCUCCUCAGAAAGGUCAAAUGUCUAUUGAACAGUAACUCAAAGGAGGGCGUUUUGUGCACUUACUUUUUAAGAAUUGGAUAAUUUGGUCACUGUCUUCUAAAUAAAUCACUUCAAAUGUGGGGAAACAAAACCCUUUGGAAAUGAAAUGUGGAGCAGCAAUUUGUAUUUGCCAUUGAUAUUAAAAGGAAUAAAACAUUUGAAACCCUUGUUUACCUACC